AUGCAUGGAGAUGGUACUGAACUAAAUCACGAGGAAAAACCUGAUGAAGAAGAUGAUGAUAGAAGAACAAGUCCUGGUACUGACUAUGAAAAUAUGAUGAAUUGGGAAGAUGAGGUACUGGUAGGUGCCGUAGAAGAUCUGCUGCAUGUGGAUGAUAAGUAUAUGUCUAUGUCUUACGAAGAUUUUCCACCUUUACCUGAUUUUCCAUGCAUUUCAUCUUCAUCCCCAUCUUCUAAAUCUUCUUCUUCUGCACCACCGUCAACUUCUUUUAUGAAUCAACAACAGCACCAUAUAUCAUCUGCAUCUUCAUCAUCUUCAUCAGCUUCUUGGGAAGUUGGUAACUCAGAUCAUAUAGAACAAGGAAAUCAUGGAAAGAACUUAUUACCUACUGCAGAUUCAAUUGAGAUUCAUCAAGAUGAGCUUAAUAGAUUAGAUUCUGGAGACUGCAUGGAUGUUAUGGAAGGUUUUGGUGAAAUGGGUUUGGUUGAUACUGAUGAUAUUUGGGAUCCCUCUUGUUUUUUUCCUUGUGGAGAAGAAUUAAAUGGGUUUAAUAAAGAAGUCGAGAAGUGUUUGGUAGACAGAGAAAACGUUAACCAUGAUAACGAGGAGAAGAACAAUAAGCCAUCUGAAGAUCUUGCGUUGGUUUUCUUGGAAUGGCUAAAGUCAAACAAAGAAACAAUCUCUGCUGAAGAUUUGAGAAGUAUUAAACUUAAAAGAUCUACAAUUGAAUGUGCAGCCAAGGGACUUGGUGGAGGAACACAAGGAAUGAAACAGCUGUUUAAACUCAUCCUUGAAUGGGUUGAAAACAAUCAUCUUCAAAGGAAACGAUUGCAAGAAGAAGGCCAAGCUUCAGCGUUUCCAGCUUCUUAUAGCAGUCAUCAAAACCACAACCCUAAUUCUCAUGAGUUCAGUUCAUUUACUCCUGAAUCUAAUUUUGUACCAACUGUUAAUCCAUGGAAUGUAUCACCAAGUGCAGUAGUACCUCCAUCAGAUUUUGUGUCUGAUCCAAUGGCAUCAGGAGACGCAGUUUAUCCACCAACGGAAACCAUGUAUGGUUUCAACAAUGGAGAUCCAUCUAUUUUUGUUCCACAGUUUAGUCAAAAUCCCUACCUAUCUUCAGCGUUUGAUGCAUCUUACCAUCUUCAAAAACGGUCACAUCAUCAGCCACCGCCACCAACCCACCAUUUCUCACGCACUUCUCAUCGCUAUGGUGCUUCAUAUCAUCAUCAAGAUCCUCAUGUUCAUCAUCUUCAACCAGCACCACCUCCGUCGAGAUAUGUCUCGAACUACCAUCAGAGACAGUAUCAACCAUGUCAUCAAAUGUUCCAGGGUAGUGAUGGAUCCUUAAUUAGAUUAGGUUCCUCAGCUACCAAAGAAGCAAGAAUGAAAAGAAUGAGUAGGCAAAGGAAGAUUUUUUCUCAUCAUCAGAGACAUGCAUAA